UGAGCAGAGCCCGCAGUGGGAACUCUAACGCUCUGCGGAGUGAAUACUUCUUCCUAUGAAUGUGACGUACAUUCUCUCCAGUUUCCAUAUGCUGAGAUUGUACUUCUUCAUCAGUUUGAUGUGCUUGGUGAGAUCGGACACAGAUGAAACAUGUCCUUCAUUCACCAAACUGAGCUUUCACAGUGCAGUGGUUGGUACGGGAUUAAAAGUGAAGUUGAUGCUAUACACAAGGAGAAACCUGACCUGCGCACAAGUCAUCAACUCCACAGCUUUUGGGAACUUGAACGUGACCAAGAAAACCACCUUCAUUGUCCAUGGAUUUAGGCCAACAGGCUCCCCUCCAGUUUGGAUGGGGGACUUAGUAGAGAGUUUGCUCUCUGUAGAAGACAUGAAUGUGGUUGUUGUUGAUUGGAACCGAGGAGCCACAACUGUAAUAUAUACCCACGCAUCUAAUAAGACCAAAAAAGUAGCCAUAGUCUUGAAGGAAUUUAUCGACAAGAUGCUGGCAGAAGGAGCUUCUCUUUACAACAUUUACAUGAUUGGAGUAAGUCUAGGAGCCCACAUAUCUGGGUUUGUUGGAGAAAUGUACGAGGGACAGCUGGGGAGAAUUACAGGUCUCGACCCUGCAGGCCCUUUGUUCAACGGGAGACCUCCCCAGGACAGAUUAGAUCCCAGUGAUGCGCAGUUCGUUGAUGUCAUUCAUUCCGACAUUGAUGCACUGGGCUACAGGGAACCAUUAGGAAACAUCGACUUCUAUCCAAAUGGAGGAUUGGAUCAACCUGGUUGCCCCAAAACAAUACUUGGAGGACUGCAGUAUUUUAAAUGUGACCACCAGAGGUCCGUGUACCUGUACCUUUCCUCCCUGAGAGAGAACUGUUCCAUCACUGCAUAUCCCUGUGACUCCUACCGGGAUUAUAGGAAUGGCAAGUGUGUCAACUGUGGAACCCCUCAAAAAGAGUCCUGUCCCCGUCUGGGCUAUUAUGCUGAUAAUUGGAAAGACUAUUUAAAGCAGAAAGAGCCUCCAAUGACUAAGGCAUUCUUUGACACAGCUGAGGAGAAACCAUUUUGCCUGUAUCAUUACUUUGUGGAUAUUAUAACUUGGAACAAGAACAUAAGAAGAGGGUCCAUUACAAUCAAGUUGAGAGACAAAGCUGGAAACACCACGGAAUCCAAAAUCAACCAUGAACCUGCUACAUUCCAGAAAUAUCACCAAGUGAGUCUGCUUGCAAGAUUUAAUCAAGAUCUAGAUAAAGUGACAGCAAUUUCCUUGGUGUUCUCUACAGGAUCUGUAAUAGGCCCGAAAUACAAACUCAGGAUUCUCCGAAUGAAGUUAAGGUCCCUUGCCCAUCCAGAGAGGCCCCAGUUGUGUCGGUAUGAUCUUGUCCUGAUGGAAAACGUUGAAACAGUCUUUGAACCAAUUCUUUGCCCAAAGCUGCAGAUGUAACUGUUGCCAGGACACGUGGGCACCAGCAAUGUCAAGAAAGCUACAACUACAGGCUUUUUAAAGCUUCACAUCAUCUUUUCCUCAAGACACAAAAAGUACAAAGACGCAAGGUUUUUUUCAGUAGUGCACAGAUGUCACAUUGCAAAACAUCAAACGACCUUGUGAUUAUAAAACGAUCCUGGGGAAGGGAGCCCCUAACUAGGGCAAGUCAGAAAUAGCCCAGCUCCCGGCAGCCACUGCUUUGUCUGGCUGCGUCCUGGGGCCUCGUUUGUUCCAACCUGUCGACUCUGCUGCCCAUCAGGCUGAGGGUCAAGCGUCUUACAGGGAAGGAUGACUGGAGACCUCACUUUGGAUUCCCCAUUUUCUGUGCCAAAUUCCUUCAGUCCCCCUCAUGUAGGAGGGAAUGAAACUGACCUACCUCAGGCGGCUGUUGUGUGGGUUUGGGAGGCGAGUCUAUGAAGGGUGUUUUGAAGUCCUAUGGAUGCCACAUCUGUGAGAUGUUUGAUAAAUGUGAAUAUGCUUUUAUUUAAAUUGAUAUGGCUUAUCUAAUGUGCAGUAAGAGAGCCUUUCCUUAUCAAUACCAGCUUCUCUCCUGAGGGCUCUGGAGGGCAAGAAAGCCACACUGCUGGCUUCCUGCCUUCUCUAUAGUGGUGCUGGUGCAUGGAGGAGGUUGGGCAGGACUGAUGGCCCAAGGGCAGCUGCUGGCACUAGAUAUGGAGUAAGCAGAUGAGGGAAGAAGGGCAGAGGAAGCAGCAGGGCAGCCUCACGGCAUGGUGACUGGAGCAAAGCAAGAGGCCGCAGAGGAAAAAACAGAGCUUGUUUUUCACCUACAGUGGAGAACGAUCACUUUACAAGUAACCCUCAUCUUAAGAAAUUCUUAAGAAAUGUUUAUUUUUCAUUAUUACCAAUGUAAUCCAUGAUUAUUGAAGGAAAUUUAGAAAAUACAUAGAUGCCAAAUGAAAAAAAAAUACUAUCUAUAAUUGCCCAUUAGAGGUAAUUAAUAUUAAUGUUUUGGAAUGAUGCUAUGACCUGCUUUGUAAAUGUGAAUUCAAAGCAUAAAACAGUAUGCUCUUGGAGCAUCUGAAGCCUCCAGUUUGAGAGAUUCUUAGGCUUCCCUGGAGGUCGGUGUGAUCUGUGAAUUUGGAACAACAGCAGCAGCCAAGUCCAGAGGCCUGAAGAGCCAAGGCCUGAGAGGCUGGAACAAAGGAAGGACAACCCGUGGGGCCAGAGGCCCAGUAUGAGGGUGUGCAUGGACCACACCACAGCGGUGGCCACUGCGAGAAGGUUUCUGGGAUUCCUGCAUGCCACAGGCCUGGUAACCUGUUCCUCAUCCAAGAGAUUUCUCUUCUACUGCUUUUUGUGAAAAUAGCCCUUGUAAAAAGAUGAGUUCUCUACUUCAUAAAUUAUAGAAAUCUGUAAAUAUA